AACAUUUCAUUUGAAAUGCUGUAAUUGGUCCAAUUCACAUGUUUGGCAAUUUAAAGUAUUUGGAAUUGGAUUUGGGCCCAAUUACCUACACAUAUUAAAUAUACCUCAACCCAUAUCAUUUGAAAUCCAUAGUAAAUUACUGUCAUUUGAAAUCCAAACCUCACUCUUCAUCCUCAAAAUAUCACGAUAAAACUCGUUACUCAUUUUCUCUCUCUUCCAUUGGAGAUUUUUCGAGCUUUCUCUCUCCUCGUUGUCUGGUUUCACGAUUCUUCGGUUUCUCGUUUUGAUUGUCUCCCUCAAGCUUUCUCUCUCCUCAACACAUCGCGAGCUUUCUCUCUCCUCCUACAUUGCGAAAUCUUAUUUUUAAGAAAUUUGAAAAAAUGUCGGAUGAGGUCAGUAUACAAGAGUCAAGGAAACGUGCAAGGGACAACGAUGAAGAUCUAGAGUUAGUUAUCCAAGUUAUAGGUUUUAUUUUAGUAGUUGUGGGGGCAUGGUAUGGUCAACGAUAUAGGGUGAAUGAAGUAACAUGGAAUGAGUGUGAGCGUGCACAAACAAGAGCUACAUGGAUUAAUACUUUGAGGAAUAAUAGAAUAUGUUGUGAGCAAUUGCGUCUCGACAUACGUUGUUUUGAGAAAUUGUGUCAUACAUUACAAUCAAAGGGGGACCUAAUGACUACAAGAAAUGUCACCAUAAAAGAGAUAGUUGCAUUAUUUCUUCAUGUCCUUGCACAUGAUUUGAAGAAUAGAAAAAUGCAAGCCCUCUUUGCUCGUUCAGGAGAGACUAUAAGCCGCCAAUUUCAUGUGGUCCUUCGAUCUAUGCUCAAAAUAGGAAAGUAUUAUAUCAAGCCAGUUGACCAAGGUAUUAGCUAUGACGGGGAUAACAAGUGGAAGUGGUUUGAGGGACUUCUUAGAGCUCUUGAUGGGACACACAUUGAUAUGACGGUCCCUAUUGAGGAUAGAGCUCGGUAUCGAGAUAGGAAGGGGGACAUUAGCACCAAUGUGCUAGCUUCAUGUGAUCCAAACCUUCGUUUCACAUAUGUUUUACCUGGUUGGGAAGGAUCUGCAUCUGACCCUCGUGUUCUUCGUGAUGCUCUCCACAGGCCCAAUGGUAUAAAAGUACUAAGAAGAACAAAUGAAUUCCAAAAGACAAGGCAAAGAACCUAUGGGUCCUCCACGUAAACGGGGAUAUGUUGCGUGGAAUCGCCAAAUGGAUGUGAUUCUUACUUCCACAUUAUAUGAGCAAAUUAACGAAGGGAACAAGGGUGUUGGGGAUUUCAUUUCAAGUCCCAAGCGUAUCAAGCCGUGGUGGACAAAUUAAGGCUUGAAUUGAAUAUAUCUGUGACUGUGGAUCAUGUUAGGAACCGAAUUAGGGUUUGGAAGAGGCACUAUGCUACUAUUACUGAAAUUCGAGCUUACACAAAAUUCAAGUGGGAUGAAGAAAAGAAGAUGGUGGUGAUCCCUCUAGAAGAGCUUGAUGAAUGGAAAAAAAUUGUCAGGUAUGUUAUGUCUUAAUUUUUGUUUUGCAAUUCAUCUUAUUAGUGAUUAAUAUUAGAAACUGUGAUAAAGAAAAAGAAUGUUUACUAACACUCAUAAAUUAUGUUCUGGCAUUCUGUUUAUAAGAACAUAUACUGGAAAGUUUACUUCUUAGGAUAAAGUGUAUACCAGAUAUUUAUUUAAGAAUCUGUCCUUAUAUACCAGAUAUUUAUGUCUUAACUCUUGUGUUUACUAAUGACCUUAUAUAUGGAUAUUAAUGCUUGUUCACUUCUGGUGACCUCCUUCACUGACUAUGUAUACUUAUGUUAGUUGGACUAUUGGAGUAUGAUUUAUGAAGGGGCUCAAGUUUACUUCUUACGUAGUUGGUUAAGUUUAAUUUGUAAUAGCAUGUGGAAACAAUCCAAGCAACUUUACAACUUGUUGCUUUAAUUUAUGUGCUAUUAUUAUUAAUUAAUAUAAACUAUCUUGUGGUAAAAUAUUUUAGCUCAACUAGUGAACCUCUUACCGUGGUACCGAAUUAUCCUACAUUCCAAUGUAAUUUUAUACACUAGUAUUGUUCUAUUCCUUCAUAUAAGCUGAACCAGUACGUUUUGUAGUGAAAUGAUUAUGCAAUUUAACUUUUGCUAUUGUUUAAUGUAUAGGAAAAUCCUAAUGCCUCUAGAUACUUGAACAAGUGUAUUGAUAAUUGGGACGACAUAGUGACUUUAUUUGCUUUGGAUAGAGCAACCGGUGAUGGGGCAGAGCAACACGAGGAGUCCGCUGCUGCUAUGGACACUGAAACUGAAGGAGGGAGUACAUCGGAGACUUCUUCCGGAGGGUCAAACAAGAAGCUCAAGAGGGAUCGUCUUGCGGAUGCUGUUAGUAGUUUUGCGGAUUCUUUCAAAGAGUAUGUGAGUAAAGCGCAAGGCCCUCCGAAACCGAGUUCCCAAGAGAUAUACGACGUAGUCUCUAGCGUUCUUGGGCUUUCGGGUCAACAGGUGCUUCAAGUUGUCAAGAGGUUUAUGAAUGGGCCGGUGAAUGAGUUCGAUAUGUUAAAACAUCUACCGGAGGAGCAAAAGUUAGACUGGAUUUUAUUAUGUAUUAGUGAUUAGUAGUUCUAUUUUGUUGGUUGUAGGAUCGAAUUACAAUUCCAAACUUUAACUUGGUUUGCCAAACAGUAUUUGAAUUUGAAAUUCAACAUUUGAAAUUCCAUGAAUUCCCAAACAACUUAUUGGAAUUUGAAAUUCCAAAUUUGAAA